AUUAAAACCAAUUUUUAUAGCUUUUAAGGUUGCAAAUAUUGAUGAAAAUUUAAUAGAUGAUAUCCAUUGACUAGGUUGGUCUUUUUUCGCCGACAGCCGACACUUCUGUUCGCCAUCUUUAAAUUUUCUUCCAAAACACUUGGUUGGAAAGAAUGCUCGUCCGACAAAUCCUUAGCUCCCUGAGGAGGGUCAGCAACAACGAUGUUGUGAGCCGCUGCCUGUCUGUCAAUGUGCCAGCCCUCGCCAAGGCGGCUGACCCUGUCCAGCAGCUUUUCAUCGACAAAAUUAGGGAUUACGCACAGAAGAGCAAGGCUGCCAAUGGCAAACUGGUCGACGCCUCUCCUGAAAUCCAGAAGGAACUGGCCGCUGAACUGGAAAAGGCCGCUAAGCAAUACGGUGGUGGCCAGGGGGUAGAUAUGACUCAGUUCCCUUCAUUCAAAUUCACCGAGCCCAAGGUUGACCCCAUUAGCCAGCAGUCUUAAAAAAAUCCAUUAGCGCGAUAUGAAAUGUUGAAGGCCUCCCUUUGAUUUUGUCUCAGGGCCCACCAGCUGGCCGCGAAUAAUUGUUCUUAUUGUAAAAUAAACACCCGUUGUUAGUAGUAUAAAA